UUCUUCUAUGCUCUAUGCCUGGAUCGCCAUUCAUAUCCGCGCCUAUCCGGAUAUAUACUCUGAUAUAUACUCUAGACGGUAGUUAAAAUUCACGAGCUAGAUAAUAGCAAGCAUUCUGCGUUCCCGAAGAAGCUUUACUCCCUAUUCCACCUGAAAGUCAAUCGGAUCGGGUAAUCUCACUAGUAGCUACUACAGCUAUCAUGACAUCCCAACCAAGUACAGAAGCCACACCGGCGCUUGAACCACCACCUGGCAUACAAUCAAAUUUCGUUGACCCCCCUUCUUUCAAUACAGCAACUCUUAUAGUUGGUAUUAUUAGCAUGGUCACUAUGACCCUCGCAGUGGGAAUCCGAACGUAUACAAAGCUGGCUAUCAUGAAGGAUAUGAAGCAUGAAGAUUAUGUUGCUCUUAUAGCUUUGGCUGGAUUUCUUGUCUGGUGUAUUAUUUAUAUCUACCUAUCUGCUCUUGGUUCCACUCGCGAUCUAUGGAAUAUCCGGGCCAUCGAUAUGCCCUAUAUAUUAUACAUGACUAAUACAUUCGAACUCAUUUACUCGGUUGCAAUGAUGGGUGCGAAGUAUUUUAUCCUCAUCCAGCUCAAGAGGAUCUUUUGCCCCCGAGGCAACAAGAACGCAGUUUGGUGGGCCAUCAACGUUCUAACAACCGCAACCAUUCUCUAUUAUAUCGCCUGCUUUUUCAGCUUCCUCUUUCAGUGUACGCCACGGGAGAGAAUAUGGAAUCCCGUCGUCGAAGGGAGUUGUAUCAGCGCUAAUGGAGCAAUACUAUCAGUCGGAAUUAUAAAUCUCCUACUGGACUUUGGAAUACUCUUAGUGCCUAUAUGGGCGAUAUGGCAUCUUCAAAUGAAUCCGAAGCGCAAGUUCCGAGUUGUGGCCAUUUUUUCUGUGGGAAUCUGUACAUGCGUCAUUGCUGCCUUGGGCGUGGGUUACCGAGUUCCCCUGAUUUCAGACCCGAAUCAGACCAGGGCUGUAGCCAAAGUAGGUCUUUGGACGUUUGCAGAGAUUACAGGCACCAUCGUAGUAGGCUGUAUGCCAAUAUUCCCUCGGUUUUACGAGCACUUUUGGAGUUCGGGAAAUCACUUUUCUAGUAUUUCAAUGAAGAAUACCCUUUCGAUAAGAGGAAUUCGAACCACUCGAGGAACACAUGACUCGGAGACAACACCUCCCCGGUCCGCGGACGGGGUUGCGCUUUCAACGUACCAUUUCCGGCAUGAUGCUUUACGAAACAGUAAUUAUAUUGAGUUGCAAGAUGGUGCGUUUGAUAAUCCAAGGUGGAAACCUACGUGAAAUUUUUACCUAUUACGAGCGAGAAAAGGG